AUGGCUGCAGAAUUGUGGCAAUUUCAAAUCGACGGGCCUUACGCUGCCGACGGCGGUGUUGUCACGUUUCAUGUGCACACCGUUGGCGGGGUUUUGAAACGGGGUGAAGAUACAGUGGAGGGGAGGGGGGUCAGACCUGAAAUUAAAGUGGGGAGGGGGGAUAGAUCGGAUUCAUCGAUGGAAUGGGGUGAUCUGAUCGUAGAUUUGGUUUGA